AUGGCAUCUGAAGAUGUUGCUCCCGCGCCCGAGGUCACCAGCAAGUCGGUGAAAGGCGAAGCUCUUGACUCGGAUACCAAGCAUGUCGCACAGGAUAUCAAGCCCUCUGAUGCGGAGGGAAAUCACUCCAAAUCAGCCCCGGGAGAGCUGAAGCGCAAGCUGAAGAGUCGGCAUUUGCAGAUGAUUGCAAUUGGUGGAACUAUUGGAACCGGUCUUUUUAUUUCAAGUGGAACUGCAAUCGCAUACUCCGGUCCCGCGGGCGCGCUGAUUGCCUACAUUUUUGUUGGCUCGAUUGUCUACUCCGUGAUGACCUCACUCGGCGAAGUCGCUACCUAUAUCCCCAUCCCCGGAGCCUUCACCUCGUACGCCGCUCGUCUGAUUGACCCGAGUCUUGGUUUCUCUAUGGGUUGGAUCUACUGGUUCAAUUGGGCUUCUACAUUCGCCGUCGAGCUUACCGCCACGGGAACCAUCAUUCAGUACUGGGACCCAAGUCUGAAUAUCGCGAUCUUUAUCGGUGUCUUCUGGGUGUUUAUUACCGCUCUGAACUUCCUCCCGGUGAACUUCUACGGCGAGCUGGAGUUCUGGUUCUCAUCAAUCAAAGUCGCCACUGUUAUUGGGUUUAUGAUCUUUGCUAUUUGCAUUGACUGUGGCGUGGGCGAUCAGGGCUAUCUUGGGUUUCGUUAUUGGCAUAACCCUGGUGCCUUUGCAACCCACCUUAUUGAGCAGCCUGUGUCAGUCGGCAAGUUUGUUGGAUUUUGGGCCGUCUUGAUCCAAGCUGGCUUCUCGUACCAAGGAACGGAGCUUGUGGGUGUGGCUGCUGGAGAGACCGAGAAUCCCCAGAAGGCUGUGCCUUCGGCUAUUCGCAAGACCUUCGUGCGAAUUCUCCUUUUCUUCGUCCUCACGAUCUUCUUCAUUGGGCUGGUCGUGCCCUACACGAAUGAAAGACUCACCACUAACACUACCAACGCCUCUUCCUCGCCUAUGGUCAUUGCCGCCGAUCUGGCUGGUGUAAAGGUGCUUCCGAGCCUCAUCAACGUUGUGUUACUGACUGUCGUCCUCUCGGCAGCGAAUUCCAACGUGUAUAGCGGUAGCCGAAUUUUGACUGGACUUGCACAUGAAGGCUUUGCCCCGAAAUUCUUUGCUCGUACCACCCAAGGAGGUGUACCGUACAUUAGCGUCAUGUUCACUGCACUGUUCGGACUUCUGGGCUUCAUGAAUGUGUCCAAUAAUGCAGGACAAGUGUUUAACUGGCUAGUCAACCUGUCUAGCGUGGCUGGAUUUGUGACUUGGUCUUCCAUCAAUGCAUGCCACAUCGCUUUUAUGCGUGCACUGGCUGCUCGUGGCGUCUCUCGUGACACACUCCCUUACAAGGCCGUUUUCCAACCCUACCUAGCCUGGUACGGUCUUUUCUUCAAUGUCCUCAUCGCCCUCACCCAGGGUUUCACGGCCUUUAUCCCCACCUUCAAUGUUACGGACUUUUUCAUCGCCUACAUCUGUCCCAUUGUGUUUGUGGUUCUUUACUUGGGACACAAGAUCAUCAUGCGGCCGUCGUUUGUUCGUGCCGCCGAGGCUGAUUUUGAUACUGGUCGGUUGGACUACAAGAAGGAGACGGGCCCUCCUAAGCCUUGGUAUUGGAAAGUGUGGGGUUGGAUUACAAAGUGA